AAAACCACACGCCUCUCAUAUCCUUCUAGGCGACGUGAAAGCGACCUCUGAGCGGUCGAUUGAAUCACAUUUAGCGGUUAAAAUGUGCCUGAAAUGUGCCGGGAAAGGUCCAUUUCUAGUCGACACGGAAGCAAAACUAGCCGACGUUUGCGGUGCAUCAUGGGACAUGCAGUUAAACUGCGACAGCCACUUUCCUUCAGCGUUCGGUCCGCCAGGGGUCGCUGCGUGUGACGUAACAGUUUGACGCAAGGCCGAAGUCGACGUCCGGAGCGCAGUCGAAGUCGAUCUCGACAGGAAAUAUCUUCGACCGCCUCCCCCUUCCCUCCUCCCCCCUCCUCCCCUCCCUCCCACAGCCCGCAGCGACGAGUCGGCAGCGGUCGGUGAAUACAUGGUCCUACACCCAUCACACCACCCGGACUGCACCACCCGGACUGCAGCCGCUUUUAUAUUUCGAUCGUCAAGGCUGUAUGUUUGCGAGCUAAUUGUCGAAGCACCGCAGCACCACCAUGGGCGUGGACGUCGAGACAAUAUCCCCCGGUGAUGGAAGAACAUUCCCAAAGAAGGGCCAGGCGUGUGUGGUUCAUUACAUCGGUAUGCUGCAGAACGGGAAGAAGUUUGACUCCUCCCGAGACAGGAACAAGCCAUUUAAGUUUAAGAUUGGACGCAGUGAGGUCAUUAAGGGCUGGGAGGAAGGGGUAGCACAGAUGAGCCUGGGCCAGAGGGCGAAAAUCACCUGCACACCCGAUAUGGCCUACGGAGCGACAGGCCAUCCCGGGGUCAUCCCCCCGAACGCGACGCUUAUAUUCGAUGUGGAGCUGCUGAAGCUGGAGUGACCCCGAGGUUGAUUAGCAAGGCUGAAGCUUGACGAGGCUGCGUUUCUCCCACCAUCCUCUUACUCUCUGUUAACUUCUACGGUCUUCUUUAGUCCGAUAUUUAAAUGCAUCUAAUGUUGAUUUGUUGCCAUCUUGUCGUCAUAGAUCUGACAGAGAAAAAAAUAAGUCACCAUGCAAGACUUAUUUUUCCCUCACACACCGCCACUAGUUUCUGUUAGUUAGUAAGAGAUGUUAUUUUGUUUUUGUUACAUUUCAAAUUUGACAUUCUUGUGGAACCACAAGGAAAUCAGUCUUCUGAUGCAAAGCCGUACUACAUAGCCAAAAAGAAAAACAUAUACUGCCUUACAGUUUCAACAGCAGAUGAAGGGUACAUUGUGUUGAAUGUACUUUGUGCUCUGUAUCUUAACUGGGCAUUAUACACCACUGUCUGCAUUGCCACUUUGAUAAAGGUUUGACCCGCUGAUUGCGCUGAAUGACGUUGCUAUGUGUAGUAUAUAUUUUAUAUCCCUCAUAAACAUUUACUGCAAGUGUAACCGGUCCAAUGUAACUUGAUCCAAUACUGUACAGAACUCUGUGAGAGCCACAGCUACUAUUUCAGUUGAUUGACCAACUCUUGAAUAAAAAUGGCAUGUGUUGUGUCAAGAA